AUGACGGUCGUGGCAACAGCCUGCAAAAGCGCUGUAAACGUCGCGCUCCACCCGCCUGUGCCAGCUGGCUGGGUGCCCUUGGUGCACGUUUUGUGCAUGGCGGUCGUCUUUGCCAUCCCCUGGGGCCUCUCGUACAUGGGUGCCAGCUUCAAGCACAGCAACAACGGUCCGAUUACGAUGCUUUGCGACCUACGCCCGGUCGAUGACCAGUUAAUGCAAUCGAUCCCCGUAGUCGGUGGUGCUAUUUUCACCUAUGACUAUAUUUAUUAUAAUCCCCUGCCGUCGUCACCAGAAGAGGAUUUUCCUACACCGCCGCCACUGCUACCACCGCCACAGCUACCACCUGAUCCUCCUCCCAAUCCUAUGCGUUUCGGCGUCAAGGACCAUAAACCGUCGCCAUUUCGCGACUGCUCCCCAUAUGAGGAUGUCUUCGACUACUCUGACAUGGCGGAAAUGCAGCCUCUUAACAACACCGCCUUUGUCUCAAUUGAUGUGGACGUGAAGAAGUUCGUGGCCAGUGCCCUCGUCAACGUGUGGUUUGGGGAGCCUCCAGAACUGUCAAGAAAGGCUCCCCAAUUUGAGAAUGGAACGCGCAGAUUGCUAGAUCCCCGCUUGACAUUGACAAUCACCAUCAACAACAGGGAAGUCAUCACGAUAAAAACGAUUGGCAAGGCGUCGUCUGCCCUAGAUAAUCUACCGGUCUUUGCAGAAAGGCAUCUUCGAAUGUAUCCCUUUGACAGGUACAGGCUCUACAUCCGUGCGAGCAUGUCCUUGGCGAUAGACGACAACAGCACUUUCCGGCUUCCCUAUGUAAUCGCUGUCACCCAGAAGGGCUCUGGUAUGAAUUACUAUGUUCGCGAGCCACGUCGACGCUACCAAGCCUCCAGGGUGGGCAACCCCGCACUGUCCGAGGUCUUAUUCACAAUUUGGGGCGUGCGUACGAAAACGUCACGCUUCGUUUCCAUUUUUAUUGUGUUGCUUAUGUGGCUCCUGAGCUUCAUCGUUCUAACACGGGCUGUUUACACGGUGUCUAAGCGGCAUGAGGUCAGCAUGGAUGACGCGGGCCUUGCUGCAACAGUCCUGUUUGCAUUGCCCCAAGUGCGAAUCAUGCAGCCGGGUAUCCCACCUGAAGUUGGCUUGGUUAUUGACAUGGCAGGUUUCAUCUGGAACAUGGUCAUGGUCUCGGUAGCUUGUAUAAUGUACCUCUGGGUCAUGUACGCCAAAGCGGUGCAGAGGGAGCAGAGCAACGCAGCGGGGUCGCAAACGAGUGAUUCACAAAUCACCAUUGUUGUAGGUGAUCAAGACACUCCCGCAUGCGCACCAGCUGCAGCAGCUGCAGCCGCAGAUGUUUCGCAACCGGCCCCUGGAUCCGCUGAUUCCGGCGGGCUCGCUACUUCCUCUGUUACCGCUCCACAGCCUGCACCUGAACCUUCAUCUGCGUCACCUAAGCCCGCACCUCCCACUUUUAAUUCAGGGGAUCUAAUUGGAAUAAGUUAUUAA